AUGCAAUUGAACACACUGUAUUUGAGGAAUCUACCGAGACGUCCACGUAGUAAUACGAAUUUUAUUAGACUACUGUUGAAGCACAUCGAUAACGAUAACAAAUACGUGAAUUCCUCCAUUCCAUUGCCAAGAAAUGAAACGAUAGGUAACGCAAAUUUGCAAUUGCUAGAUACCCAUCUUGGUAUAGUUGAAGUUUCCAGAUCUGUCAAGUUGGAAAACCAAUGUUUUAUCACUUUCAUCGAUGACCAGCAUGCAGCACAGUUCAAGGAGAAGUUUCAGCAGCUGAAGGUCGGUGGUCGUGAUGUGGAUAUUCAGUUUGCAGAAAAGAACUCGUUGCUUGGAUUGGCACUAAUAAAUCAGGAUCUAUUACAGUCAGUGUUGAAGAGACGUAAAAAGUCUGAUUUGUCGGUAGCGAGACAACGUAGAAAGUUGAGGAGACUGAGGAGUAAACUACGAGGCAAGGGUCUUGAUGAAGGAGAAAUUCGUAAAGCCAUCGAAAAGUUCAAGGAUACGACUGUGGAAGUGAAACCAAGAAAGAUCAAAGAUGUUGUUAUUAGUGGGAACCCACCUAACAAGGUGCUACUGGUGCAGAAUUUGCCCCACGCCACAACACAAGAAACUAUUACAGAACUCUUUCACUCGUCAUCGUUGGUUGAAAUUCGUCUUGUUGAUGUACGACACUUGGCAUUCGUCGAAUAUUCUUCCAUCGAAGAUGCUACUGCGAUGAGGAAUAAACUCGGACCUACUUACUCAUGGAAUGGUCAUCUAAUAAAUAUUGAAUUUGCUAAAUAG